GCCACGCAGAACACACUCAACUAUGCCCUCGGAAACCUGGGCGGGAGGCGGAAGUCUUGGAUGUCUUCGGGCCAGGCGACCUCACCGAACCAGCAUCUGAAUCCUCCGGCCGUCAAACGCAGGCCAGGAAGGCCUCCUCGGCCGCAGCCUUGGGACCAGGCGCAAACGAACCGAUCUGCCAGUCCCAUCGUGGCGGCACACGGCGAAAGCCACCCCUCCUCGAACUCCAUCUCCCCUCAGCUAGCAAACGUCGUGUCGGUACGCACCAAAUCCUAUCCUUUGCCCUCGCCCAUCGCCGUUCUGCCCUCCCCGUCACCAAGCGAAGAAGCAGUUGCGGAAAACGCACCAACACCCACGGACCCGAAUUUCGGCGUAGCCCCACAAAACCAUGGAGUUCAAGAGGCGGACACGGCAAGGAACCAGUAUGUGUCUCCCAGAGACAUCUCCCCUGAUGUCAGAUUUAUGGAGGAAGUACGGCAAGCGGCUUUGUCAAAGAGACCCGCCGAAGCAGAACGAACGCAAGCAGACAAACGGAGCCGUAUAGAAGGGAGUGCGCAGCAAGCGCCACUUGUCCCGGCGCGCUGGAGAAUCCAGAUGACGGCCGACGAUCGCCAGCCUGAACCUCCGCGGACCUCAUCAGCUCAAGGGCAAUACGCCAGUCCAUCGAUGGGAACUGCGCAGGCUUUCAGUCCGUCAAUUGGACCGCAAGUACAGAAUCAACCCGAAAACCAGCGAAGGACAUCAUCAGCAAACACGGUCCCAAGUCCCACGGUGAAUACUCCAAUUCAACUGCCGCCCAUUGCAAAUCGAGAUUGGUAUACGCAGGAAGAUUGCUUUCGAGCGCUGAACCACUUUCUCUCUACACACGUCGUCUCGGAGCAGCACCCACGAGAUGCAAAACGCCUGCAUGUGCUGAGAAAUGCAGUGGAACAACAGGACUGGUCCUACUUGACCAUACAUCAGUACUACUGCUUGCUAAGCUUCAACCCAGACGCCUUGCCAGCAAGCUUUAGGAACCAGCCGAACCUACCCUCGGCAUUGCAACUGAUCCGAGAUGUCCUAGACGGAAAUGAGUCGCUGUCUCCGGCCGUACUGGAGUUUUUUGCUAACUUUCCCAUGACGCUGACGGUUAUCAGCUCCACUUGGCCGCCAAGGUAUGAGCAAGAAGCAGCCAUAUUCUUCAACUUCAUGCAGCAUUCAUCGAAUUUCGGUUCAUUGAGGGCUAGUUGUGAACAACGAGGGUACCCGCCACUGAUGCGAGAGUUGGUCUGCGAUCUUGGUAUCUCGUCGACCGUCUUCCAGCUGAUCGUCUUCACCGCCGUGCUCCGACGCCUGCGGUCGCGAUGGGGAGUCCUCAACCAACAAAUGCUAGCUCAAUUAGAGGCACAGGCAAUCGCCCUGUUCCAGGGAAAUCAAGUUGACUUUCUCCGCCGCGAAGCUAGCCGACCACAUAAUCAGCCCCAGAGCUUUGAGAGCGAACGACGCGAACGGCAUGUGGAGAUGCAGCAGUGGGGCAGCCAACUAAAGGAGCUGUGCCAGCGUUACCAGCGUCCGCUCCCAUCCAGCACAGGACCGACCCUACCAGGGCAGCGGGGUCUGGUAGCUUGGCCAUCCCAAGUCCAGCAGCAAACGCAGCAGCAAACGCGGCAGCAACCUAUCCAGCACCCUUCACAAAACCCAACUGCCCAGCCUUCAGCUCAGGCCAUGCCUUCAAACUCUGCACAAGCUGCCAUUCAACAUGGACGAGCUUUACGUUCAUCUCCGCUUGCAAUGCCUUUACUUCCUCAGCCCGGCGUAAGUCAGCCGCAACAGCGCCAGCCUAAUCCUGCUCGGUUCAGCCUUCAUCAAGCCAACCUCAGAAGUCCAGUGCUUCGAGCACAAUCAGCACAAUCAGUGCUCUACCAGUUCGUCACGGGAUUCCUCAAGCCUCCCCUGCGUCUUGCCGAAGCCGGUCACAAGAUCGAGAAAUGGGCAUUCUCUCUCAGUCGUACAGACCUUCAAUCAAUUCCCAAAGAUGUUUCCGACGUUGUAGGGGCACCCCCGACGCGGGCCGUAGACGAGAACGCUCAUCUUUUGCGGAUUCGUUGUAUAAAGUGGAUUUCAACCGAACUCCCCAAUGAGCACAUGUGGGCCACGGCGGAUACUUCCUGGAUUCCCUACUCGUAUUUUACGUUCAAUGGCACAACUCUUCAACAGCGGAAGAAGCUCCACCACGGAAAGGACUUGCCAAUAGACAUCACGUCACUGGUCAAAGAGGGCGAGAACAUCUUGGAGAUUGCCGUUAUGCGCCAGCGCAAUGACGAUGCCUAUCUCAAGUACCUGGUCGCAAUCGAGCUCGUCGGAAUCAAGAACCACCAGACUAUCCUUAGGAAUUGUCAAAAUAUCAAUCGUAUCGACGCUGCUACGACGUUAAGGCAUAUCACGCAAAAGCUGUCCAGCGCAGGCGACGAUGACGAGAUCGCCAUAGUCGAGAGCAAUGUUACCAUCAACCUCUUCGACCCGUUCAGCGCUUCCAAGGUCUGCGACAUCCCCGUCCGUGGCAAAGCUUGUCUGCACUACGACUGCUUCGAUCUCGAGACCUUCCUGCAGACGCGUAAGAGGAAAGGGGAUGCCUCUGUGGCCGACCAGUGGAGAUGUCCCAUCUGCAAUGGCGAUGUGCGCCCUCAGCAUCUCAUUGCCGACGGCUUUCUCCAGGAAGUGCGCGAUAAGCUUGCGCAGCAGGGUUUGCUCCGGACGCGUGCCAUUAUCGUAGACCAAGAUGGCUCGUGGAAAAUAAAGCCGGAGGUGCGCGAUUCCAAUAGCGUGCAGGAUCGUGGAAGCCCCGAUGAGGACCCCGUACCGACAAACAGGCGGAAGUCUACCUCUGCCCAAGCCGAAGUCAUCGACUUGAGCGACUAG